AUUUCACUCAGUAUCCAAGUCAUAUCUACAACUUCAUUUAGUCAGUCAGUUUAACUUUGUUGAUGUUAGCUAGCUGCCUCUCAAAUACAUUAACUAUUUGUUAGCUAUUAGCUAACCAUCAAGAUACAAGUGUAAGGGAGAGAAGAUGACCAAGGGAAAGGCAAAGAUGAGCAGCAGUGUCACCUCAGCUCCACCCCAGCCUCGGACACUCAGGUCCAGGAAGAGGGAAUGUCCAAGUGAUGAAACCUCAGAGACUGAUGAUGCUCAGGCUGCUCUCCAUCAGCAGGAUACUGAAGGAAAUAAAACAGCAGUAAAUGAAACACUGCUACAGUGCCACCAGUCCCCUCUGCAGGAGUCUACUAUGAUUUCAGCUCAACAGCAUGAGGCAGCAGAACAAGCCUGUCUCACCAAACAAGAUCCUGCCACGGGAGAAAAACAUGCAGAAGCAACUAAUGUUAACUUCAAAAAUGUGAUGGCUAAAACUUUGGAAGAGCAAGAAGUCACCAAUCCCAACAAUGAUACUGAGCUGGAGGUCUUUAGAGUACCUGCUGAUAAUGAUGCUGAUGAGAGUGGAAAGGACAAAGAGGAAAUGACUAGAGAGGAUUGUAACAGAUCACCAUCUCGAAAAUGCGCCGAUCAACUCAAGGUCUGCCUGCCAAUCUCUGAAAAGGGUGAUGGAUCUGCUCCGGAGGAGCAAGUGGGUGCAAAGGGGAACUCUCGGGGUAGUUUGGAAAGCAGCCAAGAAGAACCUGGCAGUGUGUACGUGGCUGAUGUCAAGGAAAUCCCAAAGGAAGCAGCAGCUGGGUUACCAGCCAAAAAGAAGAGAAGGAUGGGUAUGUGCGGUCUGACAGAGAGGGAGAGGAGUCACUUUCUACAGAUGCAAAAACAUGAAAACGGGCAAAAAGUAGCGGAAAGGGUUGAGAAGCAGAUUUGUAUUAACACAACUGACCUUCAGCCUCAGGAAGAGAUUAUAUCUUCACCCACCUCAUCAUCCUCACUGUCCAUCUCAGUAGGCAGUGUCACAGAGCGGAGGGAGGCAGAGAUAAAACUUCAGUCCAGUCAUUGUGGAGGGGAUGACAGGGCAGAAACUGAAAUCCACAAUGCUAUCUCAGAUGUCACCGAAGCUGUGAGUAGUCCAGGCUGCUCAAAGGGAAAGAGCUGUGGGGUUGAAGGAGGCACAGAGUCUGGUCCAGAGCAAACUGGUGACACAAAGUCAGACCCACCUGCAGAGGAGGAAAAGGAGCAGCUUCUGGGCAACCAGGAGCAGCAGGAACCUGAGGGACACACAGCUGAGAUUGUGGCUGCACAACCUCAGGAACAAAUGAAAGAAGAUGGGUCAGCAGUCGUAGACCAAAGUCCUGCCAUCACUUUUUACUCUAAUCCGACUCAAAAUGAGGAGACUGAAAACCCGGAUGCAGCCAAGGCUGCCCCUGUGUCGGUGAAUGGUGUGAUCGGGACAAGAGAUGAGAGCAAGGGAGAGUUGGUUGGUGAGGCAGGUGCUUCAUCCACAGACAGGUGCUCAGGAGGAUUCAAGGCUGUGGAGCUCUGUAAGGCUGCAGUGACACCCAGUGGCUCAGAGAGGAAAGACAAAUGCAAUUAUGAUGAUGAACCUGGUGCUGGUCCUUCUACUGUGAACGCUGAGCCCCCUGAGACCCAGGACUCCUCUGACCCAUUUGGAUCUGGGUGCUUGGAUUACGUGUCAGACUCACAGCUGUAUACCAUUGUUCUGACUGAGGAGGAGGUGAUGGAGAGGGAUGAAGAGCCUGGAUCUCCAGACCAUCAUGAAGACGCUACAGAGCUGAUCUGUGGACUCAUCAGAGAGCUCUCCUCUCUAAAUCGUAAAGUCAUGGCCGCUAACAGAGAGUUGGAGAACCUGCGCCGUAGCAGUAAAAGUUCAAGGAGCUCCGUGCGUUGAGGAUUUGUUUCAAGUCCCUGCCAUCCUGAUCUUUCUGUUGCCCUAAUGGUUUGUGGGUAAUUAAGGUAUUUAUGCCAUUGUACAAAUGUUUAAAUGUCACUGUAUGACUAUUGCUCUUCUUGUAUUACUGACUGCUGGCGUGUUCAGUUUAAUGGCUUAGCUGUUCUGGCUCUCCCCAAAUAAACCUGUGUGUUUAUUGAGUUAGCAAUUUGAGUAUUAUUCUGGAAGUAAUUAGUGAUGCAGCCAGAGAAAAUCUAUACUGAAAGUGGCUUGCUUAAAAAGGUCCACUGUGCAGGAUUUAGGGACAUCUAUGCAGGAUUUAGGGAUCCUCAUCCACAGAGUCCACCAUGUUGUUCUACAGUAGCCCGCAGCAGACAAUAUCAAACACUGGGUCUAGAUAGGGCCAUUUGUGUUUUGGCAUCAGUGCCGUAGUUCUACAAGCUAUGCAAGUUUCAGUUCUGCAAACUCACUGCUAGAUGACACUAAAUCCUUCACACUUAACCCUUAAAAUUUGUUAUAAUUCUUUUAAAGAACAGAGAAUGAUAACAAAGAAUACACACAGACAGAUGUUUUCACUAUGUAUAUUCUGGCAUACAAUAAUAUUCACACAGAUUAAUUCACACAUUUCUUUUCACAGAGUGAGAAGAGCUUUUACGGCAUUUUAGAAGAGCCACAUGUACAAUAUUGAAAAUAAAACAAACAUGCCUCAGGAACAGGUACAGAACAAGAACACCUCACUCAUAUUAAUUAAAAAUAA